UAAUCCAUCUUCAUUCUCUCUCUUUCCCAAACACUGUUUAACUGUUUCCUGAAACAACUUUCCAUCUGACAAUCUUACCGCUUCUUUUCACAUGAUGGAAGCGCCUCCGGCGACGACGCCCAUGGAGGAUUGUUGUGUUAAAGUAGCGGUACAUAUACGACCGCUGAUUGGAGAUGAGAAGCUUCAAGCAUGUAAAGAUUGCGUCGCCGUCGUACCUGGAAAACCUCAGGUGCAACUUGGUACACAUUCCUUCACUUUCGAUCAUGUUUACGGUAGCACUGGUUCCCCAUCCUCUUCCAUGUUUGAAGAGUGUGUUUCUCCUCUUGUUGAUGGUCUGCUUCAAGGAUAUAAUGCUACUGUUCUAGCUUAUGGCCAGACAGGGUCAGGCAAGACAUACACCAUGGGUACUGGAUUCAAGGAUGGUUAUCAAGCAGGGCUUAUUCCUCAAGCUAUGAGUGCUUUAUUCAACAAAGUUGGAAGUUUACAACAUCAAAUAGAGUUCCAAUUGCAUGUUUCUUUCAUUGAGAUUCUAAAAGAAGAAGUACGAGACUUGCUGGAUCCCAACUCCAGUAACAAAUCUGAGAUAACAAAUGGGCAGACAGGAAAAGUUAAUAGUCCAGGGAAACCACCAAUACAAAUUCGUGAAACUUCUAGUGGUGUCAUAACACUUGCAGGAUCUACCGAAUGUAGCGUUAAGACACUAAAAGAAAUGACUGAUUGCCUGGAGCAUGGAUCAUUGAGCAGGGCAACAGGGAGUACAAACAUGAAUAAUCAAUCAAGUCGUUCACAUGCAAUAUUCACCAUCACAUUGGAACAAAUGCGCAAGCCAAACUCGAAUAUUCCUGGUGAUGGAAAUUCAAAUGAUUCUACAUGUGACGAAUAUCUUUGUGCCAAGUUGCAUUUAGUUGACCUUGCUGGAUCAGAGCGAGCUAAAAGGACGGGUUCUGAUGGUAUGCGUUUUAAAGAAGGAGUUCAUAUUAACAAGGGCCUUCUUGCACUUGGAAAUGUUAUCAGUGCUCUUGGUGAUGAGAAAAAACGGAAAGAAGGUGCUCAUGUUCCAUAUCGAGAUAGUAAACUUACUCGGCUCUUGCAGGACUCACUUGGUGGGAACAGCAGAACGGUUAUGAUAGCUUGUGUCAGUCCUGCUGAUAUAAAUGCUGAGGAAACUCUGAACACGUUGAAGUAUGCAAACCGUGCUCGGAACAUCCAGAAUAAACCCGUGGUGAAUAGGGAUCCAGUGUCCAGUGAAAUGUUAAAGAUGCGUCAGCAACUAGAAUGCUUGCAAGCAGAACUUGGUGCUCGUGGUGGAGGUUCUUCUGUUGAAUUACAGGGUCUACGGGAGCGGAUUGCUUGGCUUGAAGCUACUAAUCAGGAGUUAUGUAGGGAACUUCGUGAGUACCGCAGCAGAGCCAUUGCUAUUGAUCAAUCUGAAAAGGUUGGUGAUUCGUUUUGCAUGAAAAAUGACGGAUUUAAAAGGGGAUUGCAAAGUGUUGAUUCAUCUGAUUAUCAGAUGAGGGAAAGUGGUGAUUCUGGUGUCAUAGAGGAAGAAGCAGCAAAAGAGUGGGAGCAUACCCUUCUUCAGGACUCGAUGGACAAGGAGUUACUUGAGUUAAAUAAACGUUUAGAACAGAAAGAGUCGGAGAUGAGACUUUUUGAAGGAUCUGACACCAUGACUCUUAAGCAACAUUUUGGAAAGAAAAUAAUGGAACUUGAGGACGAAAAACGUGCAGUGCAGAUAGAGAGGGAUCGAUUGUUUGCUGAAGUUGAAAACCUUUCUGCUUCUUCAGAUGGUCAAACACAAAAAGUGAAAGAUAUGCACUCCCACAAAUUGAAGUCUCUUGAAUCACAGAUUCAGGAUCUUAAGAAGAAACAAGAGAGUCAAGUUCUGCUUUUGAAGCAAAAACAAAAGAGCGAUGAAGCAGCAAAAAGAUUACAAGAUGAAAUACAUUUCAUCAAGGCGCAAAAGGUUCAACUGCAGCACAAGAUAAAACAAGAGGCUGAACAAUUCCGACAUUGGAAAGCAUCUCGUGAAAAGGAAUUACUGCAGCUAAAGAAGGAAGGGAGGAGGAAUGAAUACGAAAGGCACAAACUACAGGCUCUUAAUCAACGUCAAAAAAUGGUUCUUCAACGGAAGACUGAAGAGGCUGCGAUGGCAACCAAGAGACUAAAAGAAUUGCUAGAAGCCCGCAAAUCUACUCGUGACAACUCAGUGACUAGCAAUACAAAUGGAGCAAAUGGACAGAACAAUGAGAAGGCCUUGCAGCGAUGGCUUGAUCAUGAGCUGGAAGUGAUGGUGAAUGUUCAUGAAGUUCGACAUGAAUAUGGGAAACAAAGCCAAGUGCGUGCUGCCCUUGCAGAAGAGCUAGCAGUACUCAGACAAGUUGAUGGAUUUGCUUCUAAAGGGGUUAGCCCUCCUAGAGGAAAGAAUGGUUUCUCUAGGGCGUGUUCUUUGUCACCAAACGCAAGAAUGGCAAGAAUAUCUUCAUUGGAGAACAUGUUAAGCAUUUCAUCCAACUCACUUGUAUCUAUGGCUUCCCAACUGUCUGAGGCAGAAGAACGGGAACGUGCCUUUGCUAGUCGUGGACGUUGGAACCAGCUGCGGUCGAUGGCAGAUGCAAAGAAUUUGCUUCAAUAUAUGUUUAACUCUCUUGCAGAUGCUAGGUGUCAAUCAUGGGAAAAGGAUCUAGAAAUGAAGGAAAUGGAAGAACAGCUAAAGGAGCUUGUAGGGCUACUACGACAAAGUGAACUGAGAAGAAAGGAAGUCGAGAAGGAGCUAAAAGUAAGGGAGCAAACUGUGGCAAUUGCAUUGGCUUCAUCGGCUUCCGGAAACUCCCACAAUUCGCUGAAACAUUUGGCUGAUGACAUGAGUGGUCCGUUAUCUCCUAAUUCAGUGCCAGCACCCAAACAGCUCAAGUACACAGCAGGCAUAGCCAACGGUUUAGUCAGGGAAUCAGCAUCCUUUCUAGACCAGAAAAGAAAGAUGGUUCCAGUUGGGCAGUUGUCGCUCAAGAAGUCACCGCUGGUAGGACAUUCUCCUGGGAAACUGUGGAGAUGGAAGAGGAGCCAUCAUCAAUGGCUACUGCAAUUUAAAUGGAAGUGGCAAAAACCUUGGAGACUCUCGGAACUCAUAAAGCACAGCGAUGAAACAAUGAUGAGGGCGAAACCGCGUCCACAGCCUCUGCCGGAAGUCAUGUAUCAUCAUAGACACUGAGUCUAUAUGCUGCUGUAUAUUCUUCUUUCACCCCACUUCGAUCUCCAACAUAGUUCCGAUCAUGGAAAUAAAUGCAGAUGGUGAGCGGAUAAGUUGUAAAUCUUGGAAUCGAGCUUGUGAAGCAUGUGCUUGAUUGACCAGUUUGGGGUUUGCUCGACGAUUGGAAAUGGUGAAGUACUACCAUAGGUUGAUCGGUGUAGAUUUUGCUCCGGAUUUGGUGUUAGAUAUCUGUGGCGCUUUUUAACUUCCGAGGGGAUCAAGAGAACAUUCGGUUGAGAUGUGUUUUCCGGUUUCCUUUUCAGUUAGCUGUAUUGAUAAGUUGGUUGUAGUGAAUGUAUGUGUGGCAUAGAGUCUCAUUUGUAAAAACAGCAAAAGAUAGACGUAUAAUUUUUGUCAAGAGUGUUUUCAGUAUUUUCUUCACUUCUGUGUAAGCUCUUGAAUACAACAAAAGG